GCAGAUUAAUUCCCAGUUCAAAAUAAAGUCUCGUUCCUCUCACCCUGGAUGGGAGUGAGGUGAGUUCAUGGCCUGGGGCAUUUGGAUGCAUUCCCAGAACUGGGGGCUGUGUCCCCACCAGGGUGGGACGGGAGGGAGCAGUCGGGUGGUGCUGAGGCUGGAGAGUGCUGAGAGGCAAAAGGGGGAGUCUGGGGCACACAGGGGGACUUGGGACACCCCAAAAAGCACAACAAAGGGUCUGGGGUGUCACCAAAGGCACUUGGAGCAGGACAGGGCAUGUCAAAACUCCCUCUGCACCCCAUAAUGCAAACACGUGAGUUGAGUGGCACACCAAAGGCUCAGCAAGGGCCAGGGAUCACCCCCAAGUGCACACUGAGGGGUCUAGGGGGGAAAAAACAGCUGGAAGAUGUGAUCCCGAGAAAAUUGGAGUGGAGGAGAUGAAGGGGGGGCAGAGGUGUGAGGUGGAGUGAGUGGCUCUUGGGGUGCACCUGGGCUGUUUUGGGAUGGAAGGUGGAGAAAUGACAGUGGGAGUGACGGGGUCCGAGGAGCGCGUGAAUGAAAGGAUGGAGGUGGUGAUAGGGCCUUGGGGGGCAGCGGGUGGGGCACAGGGACCCAUGGGGAUCCUUGGGACACAGGGACCGCCAAGGGCACAGGCACACCCAGGGCGGGGCACAUCCCCGGGGGUCACCUAGGGACAACAGGGACCGCCAGGGGCACAGGGAUCCCUGGGGAGACAGGAACGGCCGGAGGACAUCUGGGGACACCGGGACCGCCGGUGACCCGUGACGCCCAGGGACACAGGGAUCCCUUGGCGGCACAGGGACCCCAGAGGGGACACGGGGACCCCAGGGGAGCCCCGGGGACGCGGGGACACCAGGGGAGCCCCGGGGACCUCAGGGGAGCCCCGGGGACGCGGGGACCCCGCGGUGACACCCAGGCCCCUCCGGCCCCGCCCACGUGCCGGCGCGGGGGUGGGGCGGGGCCUCCCGCUCGGCGCUCUCUGAUUGGCCGGGCGGCUCCGAUUGACGUGGGCGCCUGACCGGCGGGGCGGGCGCUUUGCGACGGCGGCGCUUGACGGCGGUGGCGGCGGCGGGUGCGGGUCCGGGCGGGGGCGGCCAUGCUGCUCACCGUGUUCUGCCUGCGCCGCGACCGCUCCGAGAUCACCUUCAACCUGCAGGUGGACGCCGACUUCGAGCUGCAGAACUUCCGCGCCCUUUGCGAGCUGGAGUCCGGCAUCCCGGCGGCCGAGAGCCAGAUCGUUUAUGCGGAGCGGCCGCUGACCGACAACAACAGGUCCUUGGCCUCCUAUGGCUUGAAGGACGGGGACGUGGUGAUCCUGCGCCAGAAGGAGACGGUGGAGCCACGGCCUUCCAUGCGCUUCCCAGGCCUGCCCAGGAUCGAUUUCAGCAGCAUCGCCGUGCCCGGGACAUCCACGCAGCAGCAGGCGCCGGCCCCGGCGCAGCGGCCGCGCCCGUCGCCCCCGGACGCGCCCUCGUUCCCUCAGGGCCUGGACAACCCGGCGCUGCUGCGGGAGAUGCUGCUGGCCAACCCCCACGAGCUGUCCCUGCUCAAGGAGCGCAACCCGCCCCUGGCUGAGGCCUUGCUGAGCGGGGACCUUGAGAAAUUCACCAGGGUGUUGCUGGAGCAACAGCAGGACCGAGCCCGGCGUGAGCAGGAGAGGAUCCGGCUCUAUUCCGCUGACCCCUUUGAUCUCGAGGCACAGGCCAAGAUAGAAGAAGACAUAAGGCAACAAAACAUUGAAGAGAACAUGACGAUAGCGAUGGAAGAGGCACCUGAGAGCUUUGGGCAGGUGGUGAUGCUCUACAUCAACUGCAAAGUCAAUGGACACCCCGUGAAAGCCUUUGUGGACUCAGGUGCCCAGAUGACCAUCAUGAGCCAAGCCUGUGCUGAAAGGUGCAACAUCAUGAGGCUGGUGGAUCGGCGGUGGGCUGGCAUUGCUAAGGGUGUUGGGACACAGAAAAUCAUUGGCAGAGUGCACUUAGCUCAGGUGCAGAUUGAAGGGGAUUUCCUGGCGUGCUCCUUCUCAAUCCUUGAAGAGCAGCCCAUGGACAUGCUCCUAGGACUGGAUAUGCUUAAGAGGCAUCAGUGCUCCAUUGAUCUCAAGAAGAACGUGCUGGUGAUCGGCACCACGGGCUCGCAGACCUCGUUCCUGCCCGAGGGCGAGCUGCCCGAGUGCGCGCGGCUGGCGUACGGCGCGGGCCGCGACGACGUGCGGCCCGAGGACAUCGCCGACCAGGAGCUCGCAGAGGCAAUACAGAAAUCCGUAGAGGAAGCAGUUGCUGCUAGAUGGUACCAAGAAAACCAAGAAAGGAAAAAAAAGAAAACGGAAGAAGGACAGAAAGAGGAUGUGAUGCAGCUCCAAAGAAGCUCAGCUCCCCACAACACAUGUGUUCUUUUAUAAGAGCAGGAAUUUUUGCUGGCUUCCAGGAUAUGGUACAACACAAAUGGCUGCCUGCACCUGGAGGCUAUUAAAGUGCUUGUUUUGAAUGCA